AUGAAGAGCACGACCUUGUUCUCUCUCUUUUUACUCUCUGCCUUCGCCACAUACCUUCCAUCAACCACCGUUGGUUUUGUGUUGGACACGGAUGGAAAUCCUGUUCGAAAUGGUGGCAUAUAUCAUAUAAUACCUGUUAUAAUAACUGGAAACGGGGGUGGACCAGAAUUUGCCGCAACAGGAAACGAAACUUGCCCUUUAACUGUUGCCCAAAAUCCCUCUCCCUUCUCUAACGGCCAACCAGUACAAAUUUCAUCCCUAGUUAAACUCCUUUAUGUCUCAGAAGGCCUUAAUUUGUACCUUCGCUUCACUUUCGUACUCCCGUGUGCUCCCACUCCUUCAAUCUGGACUGUUGUGAAGGGUUUAGGAAAGAGACACCCGGUUAAACUUACUGGGUACGACAACACUAUACCCGGUUGGUUUCGAAUUGAGAAGGUUCCGGUUGAGAUCGGGGGCUACAACCUCUUGUUCUGUCCUAAUCGUGGCGGAUGUGGCUACGUCGGAAUUGAUAACAAGAGGCGAUUCGUGGUGACUAAGACUGAGGAGAGUCGCUUAUGGAUUCGGUUUAAGAGACUUUCACAAGCAUCAACUGCAACCGCAACUGCAACUGCAUGA